GUUUGCUGACCCUUCCAGUCCUAGCUCCACAACUUCCAUUGUGCAAUUUGCUCUGUUAUCCCCACCCACUCCUCCUCACUCCGUCCACGAUGAACUUUCGUGCUCUGUUCGCUGCCACCGUUGCUGCCCUCGUCGGCUCCACUUCCGCCACCACGUGCACCACCUCGCAGCAGACCGUAGCGUACGUGGCGCUCGUAAGCAUCCUCUCGGACACGUCGUUUAAUCAGUGCUCGACGGACUCCGGCUACUCGAUGCUGACGGCCACCUCGCUGCCCACGACGGAGCAGUACAAGCUCAUGUGCGCGUCGACGGCGUGCAAGACGAUGAUCAACAAGAUCGUGUCGCUCAACGCUCCCGACUGCGAGCUGACGGUGCCAACUAGUGGCCUGGUACUCAACGUGUACUCGUACGCGAACGGGUUCUCGUCUACGUGUGCGUCGCUAUGAGUGGACUUGACUCAGCGCGCUCAGCCGCUGAGUCAGCGUCCAUUGGCCGUAUCAUCUUGUCUUUCAUCGACGAUUAGGCUUUGUUCUCCGCGUCUGUUGCUAUUACUGUAAUAGUGUAGCAGCUGCGGUAUAAAGCUAUUUGAAUAAAAAUUCUUGUAUGCCAUACUUGUUGCUGUA